AUGGCCGAAAAGGCCCUUCCUGCAAGUCUGCCUGAGGCUGCUCGCCGAGCCAAGCUUCCCGCUGUGAAGCAGAAGAUCUUGGAGCGGCUCAAGGCUCAGAAAGCUGAACAAGCCGCGAAGCCUUUGGCCAAACUAGGGGGAGCGCCUGCUGCUCCGGUAGCGGGAGCUCAGGUGCCGGGUCAAGUACCUCCUCCCCCACAGCCACCGGCACCGCCACCUCCACCUUCAGACGUGGGCGUCGCCAUAGUCAAACUCGACGGAGUGGAGAUCUGUGGUGACGAGCCCUGGUUCGCAGAUGCAGUCAUUCGACGACGGCUUCGCGAGUCUGUGGCGGAUGCCCACAAGGAGCAGAAGAUCCUUGUCGGACUGCCAUCAGAUGAGGUGGUGAGAAUCUGUCCGGAGGACGGUCGAGUCCCUUUUGCUGGGGCCGUGCUUCGGCUUGGUGGUGCUCAUCUGGGCGGCUAUGGGGAGUCAGACAUUGCCUACGCAUACCGCCAGCUUUCUCGAGCGCUCCACCCGGACAAGAACCCGGAUUUGGGAGACAAGGCUCAAGCCGCUUUCCACAGACUCUCGGAGGCAUCCGAAGAGCUUCGGCAAGGACUUCAGGAGCAACGCCAUGCAUUGAAACUCAUUGUUGGCGUCAUGGGCGGCACGGCCACCGAGAUGAUGCUCGAGAGGCCGCAGGAGGCGUUGUUUGCAGAAGCCAGUCGACUGCUCUGUGCAGUCUGUGGCAUAGUCACCGAAGGGGAAGUCUCAAACGUGGCACAGGGGCGAGCCCGUAUCAAGUUUGAGCGAUCUUCUCGAAUGUUCUACAGCUGUCACAUGCAGACGCUAAUGACAGAGUGGUUUGAAAAGACGCAUCUUCUCGAUCUUUACGCCAGCGUGCCAAUCAGGACAGCGUACGACUGUGCUCCCAAAUGCUUCCGAGCGCAGUUCUUGUGCCUCCUCAACAGGGCAGCUAUGGCAGAGGCGAAGCGCUUCAACGACUGUGUACGGGGCAGCUGGCCGAAAAUUAUGCAGACGUUUCCAGAGAUGAGCCUUUGGCGCGAGCUGCGCCAGGCCAUCCACUCCCACGUCUGGGACAGCAGCGGGGAGCCCGUGCAAGCGCCUCCAGAGGAAGUUCCAGCAGAGCAUGGCAAGCGGAGCAGGAGCUCCGAAAUCUUCAAGUGUCACAGGAGCAGGAGUCGAAGCCGUCGUCGUAGAGACAGGGACGACAAGAAGGGCCGUCGGUCGAACGACGAUGAGGUGGACGAUGGCCGACGCCACCGAGAUGAUACGAACUGGUAUGAACGCAAUCCGAUUCGAAGCCGAGGCCGAGGCUCCAUGGCUGAACGGGAACGGAAGAGAGACCUGGCUUGGGAGGCCCGCUGGACAACCAGCGAUGAAGAUGGGCAAAAGCCGUCGCAAGCAGAGGAGUCUGCCGAGCUCACGCCGAUGCGAGAUGCACGCGAGGUCAUCGCUGUCCAUCCAACUGCCGGUUGGAGGGCUUGCAAAUGGGCGAGGAAGUGGAGAUCUGCCAUGGCUGCGAUCUUGCCGAGCGGUUUCGAUGCUGCAGUUCCCCUCACCGAUACAGAGGUGCGUAAACUCGGCCUCCUGCUGUGGAAGGACAUCGUCAAAUGGGUGCAGGAGACUGAGGGAAAUCGCUACCUGGGCCUCUUCAGAGCUGACCAUCAAACAUCCAAGACGUUCGGAUGGGAUGGCAAGGAGAUGCCAACGUCGCGAGGGUUGGAGCCCUUGGAGCCCGGGGCGACUCCGCCAGAAUGGUCCUUCGUUCCCGUGACGGAUCUGUUUCUAGUGGUGGGAGAGGGUCUCGUCGGCGUCACCACCGAGGGCAUCUUUGCUGAAAAGGCAAAAGGCCAGAAGAGAACAAGUCUCAGGGAAUGCUACAAGCCAAAGCAGCUCACCGACCAGAAUGGUGCCGACAAUGGCGGCCCGCCCAAGCCCGAAGACGCGACUGCUUAG